CAGAUGACACGCCUGUAACAUGGAAGCAGCCGCCGCCGCCACCGCUCUGACGACAGCGGCAGCAGUCACAACAACAGCCGCUGGCCGCGCCGCGCUGAACAAAGGUCAUCCGGGCUGCGGCCCAGACGCCAGGGCUUGACCGCCGCGAAGGCCCACCCCGGGAAGGGGGUAUGUUCUGUUUUGUGCUUUUUCUUUUAGAAGCUACAAAAAGGUGUUGGAGAUGCUUCUAUUAUGAAGGUCAAAAGGCCUGUUGACUGGGGCUGCUUUUAACCCUUUCCUAUUUGCUGAGAAUGCAGCCGUGUGACAGUAACUGAACAUUGGUCUAAAGCCUUUCCAAAAGGUCAAGGUUCACAAGAACAUCUGCUCAAAUUCAUGACCAUGGGGGAUAUGAAGUCCCCAGACUUUGAUGACCUCCUGGCAGCAUUUGACAUCCCAGAUAUGGUCGAUCUUAAAGCAGCUAUUGAGUCUGGACAUGAUGACCACCAAAGCCACAUGAAGCAGAAUGCUCACGGAGAGGACGACUCUGUCAAGAAUGUUCACAACAUCCACUCCUCCGAGGGCGGGGAGAAAGACGGCCACAACCCCACUGGCAAUGGCCUACAUAAUGGGUUUCUCACAGCGUCCUCCCUUGACAGUUACAGUAAAGAUGGAGCGAAGUCCUUGAAAGGAGACGUGCUUGCCUCUGAGGUGACACUGAAGGACUCGACGUUCAGCCAGUUUAGUCCGAUCUCUAGUGCUGAAGAGUGUGGUGAUGACGAGAAGAUCAAGGCGGGACCCCCUGACAAAGAGGACGUGCGAUCAAGCUUCAGGUUGAACGUGUUGACAGGGUCGGCUCCCCAGCAGGACUAUGAUAAGCUGAAGGCAUUUGGAGGGGAAAACUCCAGCAAAACUGGACUCUCUACGUCAGGCAACAUGGAGAAAAACAAAGUUGUUAAGAGAGAAGCAGAAGCCAAUUCUAUAAACCUGAGUGUUUAUGAACCUUUUAAAGUCAGAAAAGCAGAGGAUAAACUGAAGGAAAACUCUGACAAGGUGCUUGAAAACAAAGUCCUGGAUGGGAAGCUGAGCUCCGAGAAGAAUGACACCUGCCUCCCCGGCACUGCGCCAUCAAAGACAAAGUCAUCCUCCAAGCUCUUGUCCUGCAGCGCUGCCAUCACUGACCUCAGCGCUAAAAAGGCGGCUUCAGACUCCUGCAAAGAACCAGUGGUCAAUUCGAGGGAGUCCUCCCCGUUACCAAAAGAAGUAAACGACAGCCAGGUGCGUCCGAGAGCCACCGACAUGUCUCCUGAAUUCCAGAAUCUCAUAGACGGACCAAAAAAACCAUCCCUAAAGCAACCGGAUAAUCCCAGAAGCAUCUCAAGUGAGAAUGGCAGCAAGCGUUCCCCAUCCUCUCCCGCAGGGUCCACACCAGCAAUCCUCAAAGUCCGCAUAAAAACCGUUAAGACGUCUUCUGGGGAAAUCAAGAGGACAGUGACCAGGGUAUUGCCAGAAGUGGAUCUUGACUCUGGGAAGAAAUCUUCUGAGGAGAUGGCAUCCGUGAUGGCCUCUGUGACAUCCCUUCUGUCAUCUCCAGCAUCAGCUGCCAUCCUUUCCUCUCCCCUCAGGGCGCCUCUCCAGUCCAUGGUCAUGACCAAUGCAGUUUCACCUGCAGAGCUCACCCCUAAAUAGGUCACAAUCGAGCCUGCUUUCCUCCCAGUGUCUGCUGUGAAGACAGCAGGAUCCCAAGUCAUUAAUUUGAAGCUCGCUAACAACACAACGGUAAAAGCCACAGUCAUAUCUGCUGCAUCUGUCCAGAGCGCCAGCAGCGCCAUCAUUAAAGCCGCCAAUGCCAUCCAGCAGCAAACUGUCAUGGUGCUGGCACCCAGCCUGGCCAACGCCAAACUCGUGCCAAAGACUGUGAACCUUGCCAACAUUAACCUUUUGCCUCAGGGUGACCAGGCCACCUCUGAACUCCGCCAAGUGCUAACCAAACCUCAGCAACAAAUAAAGCAGGCAAUAAUCAAUGCAGCAGCCUCGCAACCCCCCAAAAAGGUGUCUCGAGUCCAGGUGGUGUCGUCCUUGCAGAGUUAUGUGGUGGAAGCUUUCAACAAGGUGCUAAGCAGUGUCAAUCCAGUCCCUGUUUACAUCCCAAACCUCAGUCCUCCCACCAAUGCAGGGAUCACGUUACUGAUGCGUAGGUACAAGUGCUUGGAGUGUGGGGACUCCUUUGCACUUGAAAAGAGGCUGACCCAGCACUACGACAGACAGAGCAUGGACAUCGAAGUAACAUGCAACUAUGGUACAAAGAACCUCAUUUUUUACAACAAAUGCAGCCUCCUUUCCCAUGCCCGUGGGCAUAAGGAGAAAGGGGUGGUAAUGCAAUGCUCCCACUUAAUUUUAAAGCCAGUCCCAGCAGGUCAAAUGAUAGUUUCUCCAUCAAGCAAUACUUCCACUUCAACUUCCACUCUUCAGAGCCCUGUGGGAGCCGGCACACACACUGUCACAAAAAUUCAGUCUGGCAUAACUGGGACAGUCAUAUCGGCUCCUUUAAGCAUUCCCAUCACCCCAGCGAUGCCCCUAGAUGAAGACCCCUCCAAACUGUGUAAACAUAGUCUAAAAUGUUUGGAGUGUAAUGAAGUCUAGGAUGAGACAUCACUGGCUACACAUUUCCAGCAGGCUGCAGACACGAGCGGACAAAAGACUUGCACUAUCUGCCAGAUGCUGCUUCCUAACCAGUGCAGUUAUGCAUCACACCAGAGAAUCCAUCAGCACAAAUCUCCCUACAUCUGCCCUGAGUGCAGGGCCAUCUGCAGGUCGGUGCACUUCCAGACCCACGUCACCAAGAACUGUCUGCACUACAUGAGGAGAGUUGGUUUUCGAUGUGUGCAUUGCAAUGUUGUGUACUCUGAUGUGGCUUCUCUGAAGUCUCACAUUCAAGGUUCUCACUGUGAAGUCUUCUACAAGUGUCCUAUUUGUCCAAUGGUGUGUAAGUCUGCCCCAAGCACACAUUCCCACACCUACACACAGCAUCCUGGCAUCAAGAUAGGAGAACCAAAAAUAAUAUAUAAGUGUUCCAUGUGUGACACUGUGUUCACCCUGCAAACCUUGCUGUAUUGCCACUUUGACCAACACAUUGAAAACCAGAAGGUGUCUGUUUUCAAGUGUCCAGACUGUUAUCUUUUAUAUGCACAGAAGCAACUUAUGAUGGACCAUAUCAAGUCUAUGCAUGGAACAUUGAAAAGUAUUGAAGGGCCUCCAAACUUGGGUAUAAACUUGCCUUUGAGCAUUAAGCCUGUAACUCAAAAUUCAGCAAAUCAGAACAAAAAGGACACCAAAUCCAUGAAUGAGAAAGAGAAAUUGGAAAAGAAAUCUCCAUCUUCUGUGAAAAAAUCGAUGGAAACCAAGAAGUGUUGGGAGUGUGACUGCCUGUUCAUGCAGAGAGAUGUGUACAUAUCCCACGUGAGGAAGGAGCAAGGGAAGCAAAUGAAGAAACACCCCUGCCGCCAGUGUGACAACUCGUCCCACAGCCUGUGCCAGCACAACUGUAUCAAGCACAAAGGCAUCAGGAAAGUGUACGCCUGCUCACACUGCCCAGACUCCAGACGUACCUUUACCAAACGACUGAUGCUGGAGAAGCACGUCCAGCUGAUGCACAGCAUCAAGGAUCCUGACCUGAAAGAAAUGACGGACACCACCAAUGAGGAGGAAACAGAAAUAAAAGAAGACACCAAGGUCCCCAGUCCCAAGCGGAAGUUGGAAGAACCAGUUCUGGAGCUCAGGCCUCCCCGAGGAGCGAUCACUCAACCACUGAAAAAGCUGAAAAUCAAUGUUUUUAAGGUUCUUAAGUGUGCCGAGUGUGGCUUCACCACCGAAAACCUGCUUCAGUUCCACGAACACAUCCCUCAGCACAAAUCAGAUAGUUCUUCCUACCAGUGCCAGGAGUGUGGCCUCUGCUACACAUCUCACGUCUCUCUGUCCAGGCAUCUCUUCAUUGUACACAAGUUAAAGGAACCUCAGCCAGUGUCCGAGCAAAAUGGGGCUGGGGAAGAUAACCAACAGGAGAACAAACCCAGCCAUGAGGAUGAAUCCUCCGAUGGCACCGUGUCAGACAGAAAGUGCAAAGUGUGCGCAAAAACUUUUGAAAAACAACAAAAAUAAACUAUAGCUUCUGCAUCUGAACAGAAAACUAAGCUGAUGGAGGAAAGAGAGUUUCUUAAAAAUGGCAGAGGAGAUUCCAAAAAAAGUAAUUCUAGUCACUCAAGAGACCAAAAGACCUCAUGAUCACAAAGCCACUUAUGAUACUAAACACUCAAGGAAUCAGAGUCCAGUAACUGUCCUCUGCCAGCAGACUCAGCACUUUCUCUUCUAUUACAAUGGCCUUUUGUGGAUUUUCACUCCUCGGACUAGACAGUUGGACCUUUGAAGGUCGGAUCCAUAUCUUAAUGAUCCAGCUGCACAGAAUGUAUUCGAGCAAGCGUGGUGUCAGCUCCUACU